GCAUUAGCAGCUUGAAAACUGCUGUAUUUAGUUUUUCACUUUACUUUUCGAGACUCUUUCUCUUUUCUUAUCAGUGAGCCAGCGCUACGCUACUUUAAGACAAUUUCCUUGAUGUUUUUUUGGUUUCUAAAGUUACAUUUCGAUCUUCUCCCGUAACUACUUACAUACUAGUAAACAUUUGGAAACCUCCCGAGGACACGCACUGAUGACUCUGCUUGGUGCAGCAGCAGCUCGGAGGACGUCGGCGGCAAGAAAAUCAUGUCUCUCAGCGGUUCUGUUUGCCUGACUCAGCCAGGUAGUCAAAGGAAUUCUUGCUGCUCCUCUGCACACCAGCCGCAGACAAGGACAGGCGCCAUUGGGGAUAGGCCGAGGACGAAACUAGCGGUACUGGCGUACAACUAGACGCGACCAUCCCGCAGUUCUUUCUCCCAUCGUCAGACCCCUCGUCCGGGCUUUAAUUUCUUGCGUAUUAGAACGCAAUAAGUGCCAGAUCAUGGAAAAAUUUGCGAAAAAAGCGACCAACAAGAUGAACAAAAUGGUUGGACUCAGCCGCGGGGAAGGAAAGUAUUUCCAGACCACGAAAAAAGGUAACAAAUGUGUUAUCAGUUCGCGUUCGACCUCCUCCACCUCCUGAUAUUAGAAGACUAGAUGUUUUGCAACCAUCACUACGCGGCGCAGUCAUCUUUAUUUGAUGAUGUAAGUAUUGCGGAGUUUAGCUCAAAAUUUGUGAUGCAAAAUUACCUACUCCAGGCGAAAUUCACGAGUACAAGGAGGAGCUUCAUCUCCACGAUGAGUCCAAGCGGAUGGAAGCCGUGAAAAAGGUAAUAGCGGCGAUGACAGUGGGGAAGGACAUGUCACCGCUGUUCCCCGAUGUGGUGCAAAGCAUGCAGACCACAAAUGUCGAACUGAAGAAGCUGGUAUUGUUCAAAGCCGCAGUUAUGUUCACUUUGUCUGGCAUUUUUUGAUGUUGUAGACCACUCUACAAACUCUAUGUCAUGGCCCCGCAUCAUGGUUGUUGUAAUCUUCGUGCCAAUGACAGCACAGCCGCAGGCGUAACAUGAUGAAAAACUAAUUAUAAUCCAGGUCUACCUAUACAUCAUCAACUACGCCCGCACCCAACCCGAGCUGGCCCUGCUUCCCGUGAACAGUUUCUGUAAGGACACCCAGGACCUGAACGCCUUGGUCCGAGCAUUGGCCGUCAGGACCAUGGGCUGUAUCCGGCUGGACCAGAUUGUCGAGUAUCUACUGGAGCCGCUGAAGAGGUGUUGCCAGGACUCCGACCCUUAUGUGAGGAAAACCGCAGCGAUAUGUAUUCCGAAGGUAAAAAUAUGAAUUGACUUCGUACUACAAGCUCUUUCCAUAAAACGUGCAUGAUGCGUGUCUCGUGUGGAUCAUCCGUGUAGUGGAAAUACGAAUUGGGCCAUGCAUUUCAACUAGAAAGACGAUGAACCUGUACGAAGCCUCUACUCGAUAAUCCCACCACCACACGAUCACAGGUUUACGACAUCAACCCGGACCUCGUCGAGGACCAAGGUUUCGUGCCAACGAUGCUUCAAGACAUGCUCGGUGAUUCUAACCCGAUGGUGGUCGCCAACGCGGUUGCCGCUUUGUCCGAAAUCUCCGAGGCGAAAGGGCGAGAUUACCUCCAACUCGACAGGGACGGCGCAGUGGCGAAACUCCUGACGGCGCUCAACGAGUGCACAGAGUGGGGACAGAUCUUCAUCCUCGACGCACUGGCCUCGUACUAACCACUUUCUAAAAUUGGCGGAUCACCUCAUCAUGCCUGUACUAGUGAAAAGCUUGCUUUCCGACUGAGGGGUCGUGAAGGCGUUUCUGUGCUUCCCCCGCAGAUGUGCUUUUUUUAAUAUUGUACUGCGCAUGAUCUUGUUCACAUAGACGAUGACGAAUGCUCUCUAUUUCUACGUGCAACUACCAGCGGCGCGCUACAAGAAGUCAAUGAAUUUAAACCUAAGAAAGAAACUCGAAACCAACAGCUACGCCCCGAAGAACAUGAAGCGCGACGCUGAGCAGAUUGUCGACCGCGUAACCGCCCGUCUGUCCCACGCCAACGCGUCUGUCGUGAUGUCGGCGAUCAAAGUUGUUCUAACCUUCAUGGAGCACAUCGACAACCAGGAAACUCUAAAAACCUUGAUGAAGAAGCUCACCGCGCCGCUGAUGACGCUCCUCUCUUCCGAGUCGGAGCUCCAGUACGUCGCGCUGCGAAAUAUCUACCUCAUCGCGCAGAAACGGCCCGGGAUCGUGACCACGGACGUGAAAAUAUUUUUCGUGAAGUACAACGACCCGGUGUACGUGAAACUCGAGAAGAUAAAGUUGAUGGUGAUGCUCUGCUCCGACAGGAAUUCGGAUCAAGUGCUGCAAGAGUUCAAGGAUUACGCGCAGUCCAUGGACACGGAGUUUGCGAAACGAGCCGUGCGGUCAAUCGGGAACGUCGCUCUCAAAUUCGAGUCCGUGUCGAACAAGUGCAUCGCGGUCUUUUUGGAAUUGAUUGAGACGAAGAUCCCGCACGUGAUUCAGGAAUCCGUGGUCGUGAUAAAAGACAUUUUCCGCAAGUACCCCAGUCAAUACGAGGCGGUCUUAGCGGCGUUGUGCGACUCCUUUGACCUGUUGGACACGACGGAAGCAAAAUCGGCAAUGAUCUGGAUUCUGGGUAUUGUAUAAGUGCAGCCUAUUAUAAUUGGGACAUUGAUAUUAAUUCAGAAACGCGUCUUGUUGAUAUAAUUGUCUGCUUGCAGAAAGAGCACAAACAUACGUAGACGUAUGGCCGUGGGAGCUACGCCUACGCAUCUUCCCGCUUUACGAAAUGAGCCUAAAUUUGUAGGUGUUUUAAUUCAAACUAUGUGUAAGAAGUACAACAAUACAUACUCGCAGGUGACUACGCGGAGCGAAUCGACAAGGUUGAGGACAUAUCAGAUGCAAAAAUAUCGUACCCGUACUAAUCGCAGUAAUGCAUGACAAAUCCGGUCUCUUAGCUACAUCUGCAUGACAAAGUCCAGCUUUCUUCUUGCCAAAAUUUGUCAUGCGACUCAUACUAGUACGAUACUUUUGCAAUGCAUAGGACAUCCUGGACUCCUUUGUCGAGGAGUUUCACGACGAGCCGGCGCCGGUGCAGCUCCAAAUCCUCACCGCCGUCGUGAAAUUGUUUCUCAAAAUGCCAACCCAGACGCAAAACAUGGUGACCAAAGUCUUGAAGAUGGCCACGGAAGAGUCGGAAAAUCCGGAUCUGCGGGAUCGCGGGUACAUUUACUGGCGAUUACUGCACAAAAACCCGGAAGCGACAAAGAGGGUGGUGUUGGGGGACAAGCCGCAGAUCCGGUCGGAAAUGCAGGCAAUGGACAAACAGACGCUGAACGCGUUGAUUCCCCAGCUGAGCUUCAUGAGCAGCGUUUACCACGUAUUUACAGCUAGAGGCUGUUUUUAUUUUUUUUUUGAAAGUAGGUUAGAAAUAGAAUGGAGUUAGUACUGCUAAUAUGUGAUUGGUCAACAUCGUGAUGGAGUUUUUCAUCUUUGUAGUCGUGCCGGGGCGCACUUUGAUUAGACAUAGUCAGUGAAGAUACGGAAUUAUCUUCGCCGCACUGAUUUUAUUACUAUUGAAAACGCAAAACAGCAACUUCCCGAGGAGUUCAUUACGCGAGUUCAAUUGAAUCCAAGAGACGACGACGAUGAGGACUACGACGACGAAAAUUACGGCGACAAAAUUAGCAGAAUGAAAGGUAAAGAGAACUUGCACUUGGCAUGAAUGAGAAUUACUUAUGUCGCCUCUUUUUUACCUUUCUGAGCUGUCUUGUGAGGUUUCCGGUUGCAACGAAGUUUUGGCUUCACGAUCACGCUUGUAGCAAACUGGUCGGUCAGACAAGUUAUUUUGGUCCUACAUUUGGAUAUGUAAUACAACUAAACAUGACAUUAUCAAUUCCCACAGGCGAGCUUUCCAAGCCUGCGGAGUUCAAGGAAAAAGUUUCCGGCGGCGACCUCCUCGACCUCCUGGAUAUGGACGGGGACGGCGGCGCCACUCCGACCGGCGGUCAGCAAACGCCCUCAAAUGUGCAGAAGCAGCAGGUGCUCGCCGCCACCCAGCCGGGGCAGAACAAGUCUACCGGUUUGGAAAUCCAGGGGUGCAUAACGAAAAGCGGUGCCGGUGCCAAUCUCUGUUUGACGAUCAAAAACUCGUCCCCCAACCCGCUCGCCGGCGACAAGUUCGCGAUCCAGCUGAACAAGAACGCCAUCGGGUUCUAUGCAGUGAAGCAGCUCGCGCAGGUGAUGCCGAGUAUAGUGCCAAGCGGGGGAAGCUGCGACGUGGAAGUGCCACUGAUGGCCGGGAAACCGGAGCUAUUGGUGAGCGAAGUCCCCCCGAGCGCGCAACACACGUUGCAGCUGCAGGUGGCGAUCAAGUGCCAAUUGGACAUCUUCUAUUUCACGCAGCCCUUCGAUGCGAGGGCGAUUCUGGAGAGUGGGAAGGACUGGGUAUAAAACUUGAAGAAGCUACUUUUCUGUUGUAGCAUUUGCACGCCGCUGCAUCAGAAUAAUAAAUUAUGAUGCGUGGUGCGCGCCGUGACUUCUACUAGAGCUUUAGCCUUUAUUCGAGUUCUGCAGCUAUGAGAUCAUAAUCAUCGUGUUCCCUCAAUGAAUUCUAUGAAACCACUACCACUUUUUUCAGGUCGACCGCCAGCGCUUCAUGGCGCAGUGGCAGGCGACCGAAUCCAGGCAAGCCCAGCGGGUGUACCUCUACGGGCCGGGGAAAGCGCUGGACGCGAAUGACUUGCUUACCAAACUCCUCGACGAUAUAGGGUUUUUCUUUGUCGCGAAAAACAACAGCAACAACUGCAGCUACUACGCGGGGCGGUAUUCCCACCAAGGCACGGGCUCGGAUUCCGGGUUCCACUACGCACUGCUGGAGUGCUGCAUGCAGAACCAAAUGAUUCGCAUCAACGCGCGCUCCACACAGCAGGGCAUGCCGCCAGUCUUGCACACCACCUGUGUAAACGCGCUGGGGAUAAAGCCGAAGCAGUAGCAAGGAUCAUGGACUCGUUGACUUUGCCCGAAAAUGAAGUCUUGUUUCAUCUUCAGCAAAAUAAAAUUCUCAAAAACCCUAGCAUAAUUGCGACAAAUAAAAAGAAGUCGAAGUGGCGACACAAAUUGUGUGUCAAAUCAUACGACCCAGAGAAAAAAACAUACCACCAGGCUUUUUUUCUCUGAUCCAAGACCUGCUUCCCGAAACCAAAAGGCAAAGAUCCUCAGUUUCAGGAAGAAACAGCAGUUCUUGGCGAGAAUUGUUGAAGUACGAUUUUUUUUCCCCAUAUCCCCGAGGAUGAUACCCUCAUCCUUUAACCCGCAGUGAUAGUCGACAUAUUUCUUCAACAAUGAGGUACACAGUUAACACAAGAUCAGGAAGAAAAUAAAAAUGAAGUAGAAACUACUGGCACCCGCACGACCGUGGAAGCACUUGUUGAGAAGUAGCCGAAAGGAGCUUCAGGCUGUUCCUUUUGCCGCUACCGGGGGAGCAGAAAAAUAUUAAAGUGAUGGCAAAACAGCGAGCACACACAACUUUCUG